AGAAUAUCCGUGGUAUCCUCAGUACCUUCAAUGCUUUUUCGUAAUCUUAUGUUUUAAUUUUCUUAGUCAGCAGACUUUUUCUCUAUAUCCGUGCUCACAAACUAGGUCACAGAAAUCGGUUGUCACAGACUCACAGUCAUGUAUUUGAUUGAUUUCGGUGAUGAGUCCAAUUUCUGACAGGCACACAAGUAUAUUUUUUCUUGGAAAAGGUAACGUUCAGUUUUAUUGCAUUUUCGUACCCAAGGUGUCUGUAUCCUUACAGAUAAGUAGUUCGUUCUGCAAGUCAAACGCUUAUGAGACACCGUUCAUUUAUCACUUAUGAUUGUAAAUUUCCUUAUAUAUCUGAUUAUUUUACACAAAAUGUGGGACGAUGUUUUAGGUUUGACAGGAUACACUUAUUUUUUUCGUUUGAUGAUCUGUGUCGAAUGAUUGGGAGCCUACUCGAGUAUGUUGGGAAUGGUGUGUGUAAUAUCUAACUUCGAAGUCACAGCUCAAGGUCAGCACCUAAAGUGGUUUACCAUUUCGUCGUAUCAAGAUACUAUAGAUGCUUUGAAGACCGUAAAACUCAAAGGACGUUAUUACAGAAAUAUAUUAGUUAGAGUAGGUACAAGAGAAAGUCUGACUACUACCGCAUGUGUUGUCGAUGGCGUAUGAUUAAUUGAUGCGUGUUGGUUGUCCUCAACCUAGACAAGGAUAGAUGAACUGUUCGACAUUUAGUGACCGAACUGCAGGAUGAUUUUGGUAAAGCUCAGUGACAUUUCACUUCCCCUAUAUGGUAAACUACUGACAAACACAAGCAUAUGAGUUUACCAGAAUAAAGUACGUGAACGUUAUAGUCAAUAUAGAUAAAAUAUAGAGCUACAGAGAGUCUGUUUGACAUAAUUAGAUUAUCUCAUGUUUUCUUUUAAGGACAUGUUUUUGCAUUCACAUUUAUGAAGUGAGGACGAAAGUGAUAUGUGGCUGUCGGGCAUGGAGAUUGAUAAAAUAGAGGUAUAAUUUUUAUCGCUGCAACUAAUUGACCAAAUGUGGCAUAAAGAUGGUAACUGAAAUAUUAAACAGAAGACACAAGAAUCUCAACAGUGAAAUAAGAGUACUAUGAGUACCACAAGAUCAGUAACUCAACUAAAUACUUUAGUGCUUUGUUUUGUUUAAAUGAUUCACUGUGGGUUGUACUUUGGGGACGUAUUGUUAACUAAUAUGGCGCUUUCUAUAACAAUCUAACAGUUACAAAUUAAAAAGAAUAUGCUAAUUGGAUUAAUUAAAAAGCUUGAGGCUGUAACCUUACAUUAAAGACAAGGAAACCAUGUCACAUCACUCGGGUUAUUCUGAUUCACAACAGCCGCGUUCAUCGUCUUCAUCAUCAUCAUCAUCUUAUCUAUUAUCAUCAACGACACCACCAACCUCAAAGUUCAUUACAUCUAACACACAUGAUUCCUUACAUUCGAUAUCUGAUCAAGCUAAUGCAACUGGUACUACCUGCACGUCUGUUACAACAACAACUACUACUACUACUACCACUACUUCGAAUACAUCUACGGCUGGGAAAUCAACUUAUACACUUGGAAAAGAAAUUGAAAUUGAAUUAGGAAGUGGUGUAUCUGAGGAAGAUACAAAAUUAGCUAAAAAUGAUAAAAAUGCUAUUGAUUUUGUAUUCGACUAUUGUAAAUUAUGGUGUAAAACAUGUAAAGAUUUAGUAUUCACUUUAGAAAAACGUGCAACUGCUGAAAAUGAAAGUACACGUAUUAUUAUGAAACAAUUUCAAUUAUUGGAAUCAAAUACAAUUAAUCAGAAUGGUGCUCCGUAUAAAAAACAAACCCUCAAUUUAUGCCGAAUGAUGAUUGAUCAUUGUAAAGAAGUUGAAACGAAUAAUUCCAAACGAUGCAGAGAACUUCUUGAAGUAUUAAAUCGUCAACGUACUUUAUUUGAAAAAACUAGAAAAUUUCUUAAAGAUAAAUGGAAAGCAGAUGUAAAACGUAUGUUAGAUGCUGAAAAUAGUUUGUUUAAAACAAAAACAACAUAUUAUCAACGUUGUCAAGCUGGUGUGAAAUUACGUGAAGAAUUAGCUACAGCACAAAAUCUUUUAAAUGAAUUAACUGCUUCUCUUAUGCAAUCAUCGUCAGUUUCAUUUAGUAGUGCAUUAUCAUCAUCUACAUCAACAGGAACAACAACACCAUCAUCAUCAUUUUCAUCGGUUACAAUAAUGCCACCUACACAAACAAAUGUAUCAGGUCUACCUGUUUAUUCUACUGGGACUUCAUACUCAUCGAAUCUAAUAAGCUCAACUGUUGGAAGUAAUGCAAAUUUAACACAAGAUUUAAUGAAUGAUUCAAAUAUUGGUGAAUCAAAUCCAUCAAAUACAACUUCAUCAUUAUCAACUUCUACAUCAAAUCAAGUGGCUAAACAAAGAGUAAAAGUUGAACGAUUGGAAAAACAAUUAGGUGAUAAUGAUAAAAAGGAAAUUGAACUGAUGUAUGCCUAUCGGGAAGCAGUAGAUAUUGCAAACCAUCGUUUAUGUGAACUGGAAAAAAGCAAGAUUGAAAUUUUAUGUGAUACACGUUUGACCAUAACAAAAAGUGAUGAAGUUGUUAAAGAUUCAUUAGCAGAAUUAUUAAAUCAUUUAUAUACAACUCGUUCAUUAAUGAUAAAACAGUAUGAAAUCAUUGCAAAUGCUUAUCAAGAUUAUGUACCAUGUAGUGAUUAUCGUGUAUUAGUUGAAUUGCAUAUUCAAAAAGGUAUUGAAUUUAUUCCAGAAAAAUAUCAUUUUGAUGGAUUUCAUGAAUCAAAAUUAGAUACAAUUCGUUUAACAAGUAGAUUGGGUAAAGAUUCCGGUGACUCUACUUUAGAUAUAUUAUCUGCACAUCGUAAUCUCCUUUCAUUACAUUCAGACUCUGAUUCUGAUACAGAAACAACAGAUUUACAAUUAAAUACAACUGGACGAAAUAGUACAAGUCUUAGUGUCGUUAGUGGAGGAGGAAGUAGUAGUAGUAGUGGAACAGGUAAUACUACUACUAGUAGCAGUAAUAAUACUAGUCUUAGUAGUUCUGGAGUUGCAAGUGGUAUAGUAUCAACAAGUAGUAAUGUUUUAUCAACUAUUGUUGAAUUUGGAUCUAAUCUAUUUCGACCAGAUUCUAAAAAAUCAAUACGUAAUAAACGUUCAACAAUAAAUAAUCUUAGUAAUUCUACAGCUCCACCAAUCAAUCCAAUAGAUAAUUUAGAAACAAUAGCUAUACAUGAAGCUAAUUUAGAAAGAGAAUAUUUAUCAGCAUGUUAUCCAGUAGCUAGAUGUAUUGCAGCAAUUGAAAAACAAGAAAAUGGUCUAGCAACACAUGGAAUUUAUCGUGUACCAGCGUCUAAAGCAAAAGUUUCUAAUCUAAUGGAUUUGUUACAAUCUAAUCAAUUAGUUAAUAGUGAACAAAUUCAAAGUGAUAUUGACUUGUUAAGUCAAGAACAUCCACUUACAUUGGCUAGUCUGGUGAAAACACAGCUGAUUGCCCUACCUGAACCACUACUCACAUACAAUCUUUAUCCGAAUUUUGUUGAACUGGGAAAGGCAUUUGACUUAGUUGAUUCAAAUAUAACUGACGAACUGAUGAAACGUCUUCAAUUAUUGAUUAAUCAUUUAAGUCCUGGUAAUCGUCAAUUAGCUGGAUUAAUUUUUCAUCAUUUACACAGAGUCGCUGAAUGUCAGUCGGAAAAUCAAAUGGGAGCUGUUAAUUUAGGUACAAUGUUUGCUCCAACAGUAUUACGUCAAAGACCUAAAUUUCAAGUAGCUAAUAUGAUGGAAUUCAUGGAUAAUAAAGGUCAGACAAAAGUUGUUGAAUUAUUAAUUGAUCGUGUUUUUCAAGUAUUUGGUUCAUCAGAACAAUAUGAUCCGAUCAAAUUAAUUACAGCGCAUAUUACAUCAAAUGAUGAUAAAACUACAAUAUCUGAUUAUAAUCGAAUGAAUUCAGCACGUGGUAGUAUUUCACUAGCUAAUUGUGAGCGAUCUAAAUCAACCUGUGGUACAAUUGUAGAUAGUGUCCCUGAUACAGCAACCAAUAUGUCUAGUAAAAUUCAUACUACUAACACUAUAACAACCAUCACUACUGCUACUACCGUUAGUACUACUACUAGCAAUAAAACCGUUAAUACUGAUAUACCAACGUCGACAACUUUCACACUUGUUGGUACAACCAACAGCAAUACUACUCAUACUAGUAACAGUAAUAAUCAUGAUAAUAUUAUCAAUAUUAUUAAAGUAACUACAACAACACUUCCAUCUUCUGGUUUAUUAAGAUCGGCAACAAUAUCUGUUUCACCGCAAAUCCGACCUACAGGAACCCUGCUUACUGGAGCCCUACCAUUGUAUACUCCAUAUCGACAGAAUCAAGGAUUUAAUAAAGACAGUGCAAAUAUCGAAGAAACUCCUUCUAAUACUAGUUCCGAUAUCACAGUUUCUUCAUUACAUGGAGCUGAUAAACAUGACAAAAUACAUAAAAGAUAUAAUCCUGUAAUAUAUGACAAACCAACUAAUAUAAAACCUGGUAUGAGACUUCAAGAUUUAGCUAAGCCAGUUAGUGAACCAACUGUCACUAUAUCAUCUCAAAUAUCUAAUCCACCAACUACUGGAAUCGUCACGACUACCAGUACUACUACUACUACUGUUAUUCCUUCUGCCAGUAAUAUUAUCAAUGUGAAUGAAGCUCCUCCUUCAUCGUCAUCAUCAAUUGUACGUGGGAUUAAAAAACUCUAUUCUUCAAGUGGUCAACAUUCGAUUUCUCCAUCUACAAUCGCUUCAUCAAUUACAACAUCAAAGUUGUUUCACUCAUCUGAUAAACAAAAUACUUCAAAUACAUCAUCUACUGAUCCGAAUACAAAUACAGCCCUAUCAAGUUUGAUAAUUGGACGUCGUAAACCUCUUGCACGAUUGUUGACUUUACAUCAAGCUGUAGAGAAUUCAGAUGAUGUAUCCCCUGUGAAUCCUACGAAUUUAGAUCAAUAUAGUUUCAUUGAUAAUGAUUUGCCUGAUUCUUCAAAUGAUUAAUAAAUCAAAAGAAAAAUUUUUUUUUCAUUGAUUGAAUCAUAAAUUGUCUUCCACAUUCAAUGAUAUCAGAGUAAUUCAAUGAAGCAAUCCCUGAAUAUAUAUACAUACAUUAAAUCUCGUGAGUUGAUUCUUCAACUCCUCGUCUAGAUCAUCGAAGAUAUUAUUAUUAUUAUCAUUAUUAAAUCUGUUAUCACUAUCUAUUCUCUUAUUCUCUACGUUUCCACAGAUCAAAUCCAUAGAGAUUUAUUUAUUUUUCACAUUUCAUUGAUAAUAUCUUCUCAUUAAGCUUUGCAUUGUAUUCUGUAUAAAUUUUCAUCAAAAUUAAAAACAAACAAAAAAAAAGAAAAAAAUGAAAGAAAGAGAAAAAAACAAAAUUACAAUAAUCAUUAAAAGAUUUUAGAAAAUUCAAUUUGUGAAAUGUUUUUCUCUUUUUUCUUUUUCUUUUUUUUCAAAAAAAAAGAAAAAGUAAAAUCAAAAUUGAAAAAGAAAACAUUAUUUAACUUAACAGAAUUAAUUAUUAUUUAUAUUAUAUCUAUAGUAGUAUUUGUAUUUAAUAAUUGAAUAAAGAAAGAAAUCUAUCUAUUUAUUUAACUAUUUAACUAAUUUCUAUUUUAUUUCAUUUAAACAAAAAAAAUAUAAUAAUUCAAUAAUUUAAUUGCAUGUAUGGUUUAUUUGAUUCAAUGUAAUCCUGUGUAAAAAUUGAAAAAAAAAUGAAAAAAACAAUAUCCCGCAUUUCAAUUAUUCAAUGUCAUUUGUAUCUUUUUUCUUUUUUUCUAAAAAAAAGAGAACAUUCAAUUAUUAAUUAAUUAAAUUUUCUUCUUCUUUUUUCUCCUUUUUUUUCUUUUCUAUACCUAUUUAUUCUGCUUUGUUUUUUUUUUAAAAAAAUAUUUUACUAUCAUUUUUGCACAAUAAAUAUGAAUAAUGAAUAGUUCUUUGUUUUUCUUUUUCUUUUUGUUGAUUUCUUUUCUUCGUUUUUUUCGUUGUUUGUCGGUUGAUUAUUCUAUUAUUAUUAUUAUUCAAUGUUUCAAUUGAAUAUCAAAUGUUUGAAUGAAUGAAUGAGUUUCUUUAUGUUUUGUUUUGUUUAUUUUCUUUUUUCUUCGUUAAUAUGAUAUCAGUUUUUUUUUAAACAUAAACGUGUUACUAAGGUAAUAUGAUUUCUUUUUUUUUUGGUGAAGUGUACUUUUGCGAAGAUCAAUAUUUUUUUCUUAUUCUAUAAGCAAUAAAAAUAAUCAAUAUAUAUUUUCGAAUAGAAAAUUUUAAUUGAAUAUAUUAGAAUAAUAAAGAUGAUCAUUAUUAUAGUUAAUAUGUAAACAAUCCCUAUCUUAUAUUAUUCAAUGACAGAUUAUGAACAAUAAAAUAUAAAUUAAUUUUAAAUUUUACUUAUACAUUGUUAAAUAUUUAUGAGGAUAAUAAGCGAAUAUCUGGUUAGCGUUUUUUUAACGAGCUGGUUUUCUACGGGAUGGGGUCUCUAACCUCAUG